AUGAAUAAGGCAAUAAAACCGAUUGCGGAUGCAUUAAAAAGAAAUAAAAAUCUAAUUAAUUUGGUAAUUAAACCAGCAAUUAGUAAUUCUUUAAAAGUGUCGUGGAUUAACCGGGUUAAUGACUUAAUCGAUAGUGUUUGGUGGUCAAUGUUGUACGCAACCAGGGAAAAAGCGGAUAGCUGUCCCUCGGCUGAUGAGGAUGAGGCGGCGGAUGGGGGCCUCCCGAAGCGGCUCCAUGAGAAUACGGCCCAUGCGGCGAGCCAUGCGGCGCACCACCAUGAUGCGCUUGUAACGCUAGCGCAAGAUUCGAAGCCUGGAAGUUCUGCGCCGCGGCUAAAUUAG